UUUGGAGUUCGCAAUGUCCUUUGGCCGUUCGGAACUUUGUGCAGUUGUGUCUUGAGGGUUACUACAACAACUGCAUCUUUCAUCGCAUAAUCCCUCAAUUUAUGGUACAAACCGGCGAUCCUACAGGAACUGGUCACGGAGGUGAAUCUAUCUAUGGAGAAUGCUUCGAGAAUGAGAUUGUAUCUAGACUUAAGUUCCGUUAUCGCGGCCUUGUUGGCAUGGCAAACACUGGUGGCAAACGUACCAAUGGCAGUCAGUUUUUCAUUACAUUAGAACGCGCUGACUGUUUGAAUGGCAAGUACACUUUAUUUGGGAAGAUAGAGGGGAACACUGUUUACAACUUAAUUAAGAUUGGCCAAUCCGAGGUUAAUCCCAAUACCGACCGUCCUAAAAACCCACCUCGCAUAACACAUGUUGAGGUUGUGAAUAACCCAUUUCCUGAUAUCCAACCCCGAUUAAUCGCCCAUUCCGAGCUGACUGAUGAAGAGGACGUCCCCGUUAAACCAGCGCCUAGUGCUGUGAAGAAGAAAUGCUUACUUUCUUUUGACGAUGGUGGUUACAGUGAUGAGGAAAAAGCCACUGUGGCAUUGCCACGUGUGAAAAGUGCCCACGAGCUACUAUCUGAUCCGAAGCUCUCUCGGGAGAGCGUCACUGUGGAGCAUGUUUCCGAACCCAGUGAGGAUGAGGGCUCUAGCAGUGACCACAGUGUUGAUAUGCCAGUGCCUGUGGAGCAGGGAACUGCAAACGAUCGUAAGCGUGAAAUAGCGUUACUGGAAUCUGAAUUGCGUCGUGGCGACAAAGUUGGUAUCGUUGGCCACGACGGUGUCAAGUACUUGACACGCAAGGAGCAACGUAAAAGUGGCAGUAAAACGGAUACAAUGGCACGGUUUACCCAAUUUACCAAGCGACUGUCCGAGAUAUCUAGGAAUACCUCGCUUUUAUCCAAGGAAGGUACUGAAACCGAUGAGGACCUUGCUGACGGAUCUUGGUUUGCCGGUCGGAAAUUACAAUUUUCCGUUGAUUCCGUGAAGGCAUACGAAGCCGACGCUGGGAAGGAUACGCUGACUGUGUUUGACCCUCUGGGUGACAAGGACAACCGCUUAGAGUUCAUUGCCAAUUUGAAGCGUAAGCGUCAGAAGGGUCACACCACGGGGGACAAUUUAGACAGUUCGCGCUGGUAGUGUGUAU